GUUAAAUAGGUUUUUUCAUGUGACUAAUGUGUAUCAGUCUGGUAUGACGUCAUCGCCAACCUGUCAAUUUUUCUAUUCCUGCAUAAAUUUCUUAAAUUCUUUUAAAUUUAUUUAGUGAAUAGUCGUUUGACAUUUUGGAGCAUAUAAACCAAUAGAGAUGGCUGAUAGUAGUAUACCAGCCAGUAUGAACGGGAUGCCGAUGGACGAUGACGAGUUUGAACGUAACUUACAGGAGAUCAUGGAUGACGGUCCCACGCUCAGUGAUAGCAGCAAUACCGUUCAGAGUGGCUCCCCACAGAAACCAGUAGCUCUGUCCCAGUCAGACCACAUGCCUGAUGGAGGACAAGUACCCAUGUCACAGUCCCUUAAUUUACCACCAGUUUCAAAGCCAUCACCAGUGAUCAAGUCGCGGAGUUUGAACGGUGAUUUUGUCCCUAAGCAACAAACAAUGACACAAACAGCACAGAAUAAACUUGAACAAGUUAAAAACUGGAGUAUAAAUACAUAUAAAUGUACAAAACAAUUGUUAUCUGAGAAAUUAGGAAAAGGUUCACGGACAGUUGAUCUAGAACUUGAGGCACAGAUAGAAGUUUUGAGAGACACGAAACGAAAGUACGAGAAUAUUUUACGGUUGUCGAGGGCAUUAACAAAUCAUUUCUCCCAGGUCGUGCAAACACAGAGGGCGCUAGGUGAAGCGUUCUCGGAACAAGCUCAGAGGUCGGCCGAGUUACAGGACGAGUUCACUUACAACUGUGAGACACAGAGAGCACUUGUGAGGAAUGGAGAAACUCUGUUAGGAGCAAUGAAUUUCUUCACAUCAUCUGUGAACACGUUGAUCAGCAAAACAAUGGAUGAUACAUUACUUACAGUGAAGAACUUCGAAACAGCAAGGUCAUUGGAAAAGGAGGGGUUGGAGUUUGAUGCGUAUAGAGCUGAUAUAGAACACCUGAAUCUGGCACCAAAAGAUUCCGCCAACAUUGCUAAAAGCGAGGAAUUGAAACGCAAGUUUGAGGGACAGAAAGAGAAAUACGAUAAACUACGGGCAGAUGUGGCAAUAAAACUCAAAUUUUUAGAUGAAAAUAGGAUCAAAGUGAUGCAUAAACAGUUGUUGUUGUUUCACAAUGCGAUCUCAGCUUACUUCAGUGGCAACCAAUCGGCGCUCGAGGCAACAUUGAAACAGUUCAACAUCAAACUGAAGGCUCCAAAUGCCGAAUCACCGUCCUGGCUUGAACAGUGAUGAGUCAUCACUAUCACAAGCUAAAAUCUCACUCAUUUUUAACCAUAUACUACAUUUGUGAAAAUUGCACUUGAUAAUAAUAUUAUUUAUAUACUGUCAAUGAAGUUCUGGGCGUGGUUUGCUGGCAUGUUUUAACAGCUCAUUACGGAGCAUACAGUGUUAUGAACAUAUUAUAUCAACACAUUAUGAAAUAUGCUCCAGUGUGAAUAUUGUGAAAUAUGAAUAUCAUAAUGUAAAUAUCACAUUCGGUACUUAUGAUUUGAACUAUUUGGAACAGUUGACUUACCAUGGAAAUAAGAAGUGAUUUCUGGUGUUGAUGGAUUUUUUAGCUGCCAAGGACAAGUUCUUUUGAAAGUUAUCGAGAAUGUGAAAAAUUUAAUGCCAGCAUGUGUUUUAUGCACUUGUAAAAUUCUGGAAGUAGGUUUUGUUUUGAUGAUUAAGUUUGAAAGUAAAUGUCUUCUCUAAUCUGUUCUUUUAACUUGCUAGUCUACAUGGCUGAGUGAAUCAGGAUGAUGAUUUUGAAUCAUCUGCCCUUUAACAUUGUAUGCUCAAUUUUCAACCAGUGUUGUUAAUUUGUUCUUCAUACCAGCUAUCCACUUUACUGGUUUAAUGUCAAAGAUUAUGCCCAGAAGAGGCAAGUACGAUCUUCCUUCACCAGUUAAAACUCAGAAAUGGUCAUUCGGUUAUAUCCUGGACUAGACCCAGGGGUGUAAACAAGGAUAAGUCCCAGGGGUCUAAACAUGGAUUAGCCCCAGGGGUCUAAACAAGGAUUAGGCCCAGGUGUCUAAAUAAGGAUUAGCCCCAGGGGUCUAAAAAAGGACUAGACCCAAGUGUCUUAAACAAGGAUUAGUCCCAGGGGUCUAAACAAGGAUUAGCCCCAGGGGUCUAAACAAGGAUUAGGCCCAGGUGUCUAAACAAGGAUUAGCCCCAGGGGUCUGAACAAGGAUUAGCCCCAGGGGACUAAACAAGGAUUAGCCCCAGGGGUCUAAACAAGGAUGAGCCCCAGGCCCUUAUCUGUAGUAAUUUACUGUAUUAAAUAUAAACAAAGGGAACACAGAUUGCCAUCCAUAUGACAUUUGUGGUGUUGGUGUGAUUUUAGGACACAAAAAUAUGUCCUGAUAUCCAUUAAGUCCGAUAAUUCUUUAUUUUGGCAAAACUCUGAAUCUUGUCAUGGUAGUGGGAUCAUUUUACAUUAUUAUUUAGUAAUUUAACGUUACUGUAACCUUGUCAACAAGACUUGGGGCAGUUAGUCACAAUCACUCAGGUAGAUUGUCCUUAUAGAUGAGUCAACAUAUUCCUCAUAUGGUGGCAUACUGGCUUCUCAAGCUCGUAUCAUGAGUCUGUUACAUAAUUGGUAACCUAGCAACCAAGCACCAAGAUUCUGCUUUCUAACAGUGUUAUAUAUUUGUCAGUUCGUUAUUUUGUUAAUUGCUUUAAUUAAAGUUAUGUGGUUUGUAAAUGUAUGUUAUGCAAUAUAUUACUGUGUCAGUAUUGAUUAAUGGGAACAUUGAUUUAAAGGGGAAAAAGAAGAAAGCCAUUAGAUUUUGCACUGGGGAAUUUAAAAGUGGCUUACUCCACAUGCAGGUGAUAAUCUACCAACACUACCACCACCAAUUAGACUUUAUUUUUACUGACCAUAGAAUAAAUUGUAAUGUUUCACUAAAGAUAAAUUCUUUGAAUCUUUGAAAAUGGUUGGACUAUAAAAGCUUAUUUAUAAACAUAAACUGUGAAAGUUUGUAAUUUAACUGUUAACUGUUUUUUUAGAAUAUUUAAACUUCCGUAUGAAUCUAAGUUAUGAUUGUCUGUUCAUUUUAAAGCAAUGUUUGUCAAUGCAAGUAUGAACUGUCAUUAUUAUAAAUGCGUAUAUUCUAUUGUAUGAUUAUAUGUUAAUUGAACCAUUUCUAUGUUAAGUUGAAUAAUGAGCUUGUCCUACUGUAUUUGGAAGUGUCCAUUAUUAAUGUAAAGGGAUGUUGGUAUCAAAAUUCUACAAAUAAGCAAGCACCUGUAUAGAUGUUAAGGCUGGUUUUACAUCACAGACAAACAUAUUGGACUAGCUCCAUACUGCCACUGGUGAUAUAGACAAGUCAUUAUUGCAGCUACCAUUUUAAAGCUGCAUGCCUCCAGAUGAGCCAAACUAUUUAAGAACAUGAAUCUUGAAAAAAAUGUAAGAAAUUAAAAAAAAAAAUGUAAAGAAGAAAAUAUGAAUAUUUGCAAUUUAACAGAUAAUUAACAUGUUAUAUGCAAGAUUUAUGCAAGUAGUGACUGGUUUUCAGUAUUAAUCACCAUAUUUCUACUGUGUGACUAAUGCCCUAAGGGUUGUUCUUGCAUAUUCUGGCCUGUUUUUGGCAUUUAUUUCCCCUUUUCAAGUGUUGUUUACAAUGUGCCAACUACUUUCUGUGUUAACUUGACAAUAUUUUACUGUUUUAUACAUUUUAAAAAUAUCCACUUAACUUGGAGUCUGGAGGCAUGCUGCUGUAAGGGUAUAUAUAACCUGUUUGUCACUGUAUGUCUAAAUUCUAUGUUAAUGUGAUCAAAUCAUUGUUCUGUGUUCUUUAUGUAUGUUACUUCUCAUAUAUUUUCCUUUGGUUGUGGUACAUUACAAGUUACAGACUCCAUCAAACUGAUAUCUACCUUAAAUAUUCUGAUCCUGUUCCUGGUAGUUUAAUUCUACAAUUCGUCACUUUAGUGCAGUAACAGGGUAAGUCCUUCUAAAUUUAAUAGGAGUUAACCAGUUAUUGCACUAAAGUGAUGUAAUUUAUUGAUAUAAUCAAUCUAGUGGUUUUACUUAGGUGAUUGGUUGUGCUAAACAUUAAGUACAUAGGUGAGCUUGAGGUCUUCCGUAGGAAGUAAAGUUGGAAAGUUUGCCAUUUGGUUAUUGUGUUGGUUCGAAUGAAAAUGCAAUAAAAAAAUCAAGUUACAGAAUUAUUGAUGAGGCAAAAAAUUGUCUUAAUCUGGUUUUCUGAAAUACCUUGUAUUUUAUGUCUAGUACUUUUUUUUUUUACAAAUUACAAAUGGCAUUUAAUUGGCAUGUCUCAUUAUAUACAAGUCCUCCUAAUAUCUUUGUUUCUUGUUGAUAAAUAUAUAUACUAGUUAUUAAAAGCCUGCAAAGGAUUGAUUCAUGGAGAAUAAUAGAACUAAGUAUUCAAUUAAAUUGAUUUACUUAUAAUUGAGAUAUUAAUUAAUUUAACUUAAUUAAUCAAGGAACACUUAACUAAUCAAGCUAACAUACAGUAUUGUAUGUAAACUCUAUGCUCACUAUCAUUAUAUGUUGUAUUUUCUAGCUCACAUCGCUGCGCCAAAUUGUUGCAUGUAGAGAUUGCUUCUUGUUGAGAUAUUUCGCUGUAUCUUUUGAAAAAAAAACGCAGUUUUGAGGUUUUUAAUAUAAAAUAUUUUUCUGUAAGAUAUAAUUCUUUACAAUUAAAGAUCUUAUUUGUCCUAGUGAAUGAUGUUGAGGUAACGGGAGUGCAGGUAACUAAAAAUCCUGCACGCCAGUUAAUGCACUGGGCAUCAAUAGGGAUACAAUUUUUCUCCCAACACAUUUUCAAUGAAAAGAUUUCCUAGCUAUUAUACAGUGCUAGCUUACAUAUCAAGUUAAAAGUGAUAAAUUUAUAGCUGCAAGUGAGAUUGUUUAAAUUUUAAUAUAUUUCAAAUUAUAAAUGAGAAAUUUGGUGUAGAAAGGAUGUACUGUAGGUUAAAACCAUUUCCAAGACAAUAAAUUGGAAUUAACCCAUUACCGCAUGAGCAUUUUGUGAGAAAUGGCUGUUUUCAUUAAAAACAUUUCUGAAAAAUGAAAACCAGUUUGGGGCCUUUUUCACUAGUAUUUGAAGCCUCUAAGGAGCGUGGGAGAGGGUU